UCAGUUUCGGCCUUCCUUCGGAUGUGCGACAAUUGGAACUUUACGUUCGAAAUAGCUUUUUGAAAAGUGAUUUUGGAACUAAAAGUGGUCUGGGAAUACUGAACUACUUGUGAUUGAUUGUGUGUGAUUAUGAGAGAUUUUUGUGCAGUUAUUCGACCAAAAAGUGCCAGCAGCGUUUCGGAUUAAAACUUUGUCGGUCUGCAACCAGAAACUUACAUUUGGCAGGUGAAAAAGUCGAAUUGUUUCUCAAAUAUACUUGUGGUGCAUGAGUCGGGACGGUGGGCGUUGGAAAUGAUGGCUUAGCGCCCCGGUGGCGUGACGUCAUGGCCAGGGUGCAGGCGUGGCCGUUAAGAGGCUGGACCUGGAUCCUGUGGUUGGUAGCAUUGUGCGCUCUGGCCACGGCAGAGGUGCCGCAAACAUGUCCCCAACGAGCAGAAAUUGCGCCAUGCACCUGCCAAGUGAAAAAGAAUGGUCUGGAUAUUCUUUGCGAGUUUACCGAUCAGCUGCACAUCAACAACGCGAUGAGCAUCCUGAAAGGAAAAUCCCUAAUUAUUUUCUAUUUAAAAUUGCGCCAUAACAAUUUGAGAAAAUUGCCUGGCUUCGUGUUCCUCGGACUUGAUAUCCAUCAUUUAACCAUCCACAACAGCAGCUUGUCAGUCGUGGAAGAGGCGUCGCUCAGCUCGAUUGGAAAAAUGUUGACGCAGCUGGAUGUUUCGCAGAACAGCCUUACGCAAGUUCCAUCUCCCGCAUACAGGAACCUUAAUCAUUUGUUGAUUCUCAACAUGAAUCACAAUAAGAUUACCAGCCUGCAUGCGAAAGCUUUUAAUGGACUGGAUACUCUGGAAAUUCUUACUUUGUAUGAGAACAAGAUCACAUCGAUCGAUCCAGAUGCUUUCGUGGGAUUGGAAAAGAAACUGAAACGGCUUAACCUAGGAGGCAACGGAUUAACGGCCAUUCCUCAACGGUCGUUAGGCAUACUCGAUAUGCUUAAGAAACUCGAGAUGCAAGAGAAUCGGAUUAGUGAAAUAAAGGAGGGAGAUUUUGAAGGGAUGCGAAACUUGGAUUCUUUGGGACUGGCACACAACAAACUUCGAACGGUCCCUUCACGGGUAUUUUCCCAUCUCACCCUUCUCAAUUCUUUAGAACUGGACGGAAAUAAUAUCGACACAAUCGAUAAGGAGGCUUUCGCUGGAUUAGAAGAAAACCUGCAAUAUCUGCGACUUGGGGACAACAACAUUCACACCAUUCCAACAGAGGCUCUUAAGCGCCUGCAUCGUUUGCGUCAUUUGGACUUGAGGUCCAACAAUAUUUCAUUUAUAUCCGAAGAUGCUUUUGCAGGAUAUGGAGAUUCGAUUACGUUCCUUAAUUUACAGAAGAAUGACAUCCGUUCGCUAAGUGGCAUGAUUUUCGAAAACCUGAAUUCAUUGGAAACUCUAAAUCUGCAAAACAACAAGUUGAUGCAUGUGCCGGAGGAUGUAAUGGAACCAAUACUCGAUACUCUCCGGGUGGUGGAUUUGAUGGAUAAUCCUUUACUGUGCGACUGCGAGCUGCAAUGGUAUAAAAACUGGCUGAGAAAUCUGAAAGACAAAGACGACGAAAUGAUGCAGAAGAAGAGGACGGUGUGUACCAUGCAGCACGAGCAUCGGGAAUACAGUUUACAGAGUUUGCCUCUGGAUAAAAUGAAGUGCAAGAUUAAAUCGUACGAGAAUUCGGCUUACAGUAGCGCUGACACGCAAGUAGCUGCAUCCAAGGCCCUUGUGGCUCUCAACCUUUUGGUUCUAGCUAAGUUUUUGCUCGUGUCUAGUUAAAAUGUGGUAAGUAAUAUAGGAAUUUAGGUUAUAGAUGUUCUUGAGACCGUAGUGAGUAGAUUUUGGUAUGACAAUUCACAUUAGAAGGAAAAAGAAUGAUGGGAUUGAGCAAGUGAGUUUUGGACACAUCAGAGAUUUCCAGCGGCAAGCUAAUGGCACUUGCCAUACCAAAUCAGAGGAUUAAAUAUUAGAGUUAGAGAAUGUAGGUUCUAGUUCAUUGAAAUGAAGAUAUAUGACUAUGCAAAAACAGUGACACCUCACUGUAUUGCAAACAGAGCCCUACAGCAUGUAAGUGCUUGCGUAGUUUUGAAUUUUGAGGCUUUCGCAUUUAGGGAAAUUAUCAAUUGAACGGCAAAACAUUCGCACCAAUACUGCCACAUUUUCAUUGUAGGGAUAUAAAAAAAUAACAUCGCAAGUGAUUGUGCCUCGCAAUGAACAUUUGGACAGAAUUUGCGAAUUUUUUGCAUUUUUCCCCUUUUUCUCCUAAUAUUUCGAUUCCACCAAACUCAUAUUUAUAUCUGAACACUCGUCAAAGCAAGUGGGGAAAGCUCUGAAUGGAAAAUUGUCACUAGCUAAACUAAUAGCACGUAAAUCUCUAACUCUCUGUCCUUAGAUCUAUCUAGAUGUUGUUGUUCUUCUCAUAUCUUGAUGUGUAAUAAGCGGUAGUUAGAAUUAUUUUUUUGUAUUAGUUAAUAGUAUACUUGGCUGAAAAUCGCAUCCAAACUAACAAAAAGAUAAUUGAUUUUCUCAUGGAAGAUCAGGCCUAUACAUAUCAUAGGUGGAAAACCUUUACAUCCAGUCAUAUCAACAAGUGUGCCAUCUUUUGCAUUUCCAAGGACUUUGAUGGAUAGAAAGUUUUUGGAAAUGCGGCCACAACUUUAGGUUAGUGAAACUAUUUGUAUUGGAAUAAAUUGUGAGCUUUGAUAAUUCAUAUCAGUAGUCGUAAGGAAAAAUCUUGGAAUAAUUAUUAGUAAUUUCACUACCAUGCGUACAUUUAAGGCAGUGGUAGUGGAUAGUUUUUAAAAAAAUCAUGUGCGUUCCAAUUCAAUAUCACAGUUUUGAAAAUCAGCAAUUUUUGCUCUACACGUACCUUAAAAUUAGAAAAUAAAAGUAGUUCAUCAUAGUGUUAGAAGCAUCACAUCAACAAGACUUCGUUAAAAAUUUCGCGUUUCCAAAUAAUUGCAAUCUAAAAAACUCCAAAAUCUCUCACCUAUUAGUAGUCGAGCACUAUAUUCAACUGAUUUUUUGUGCUGAAUAGCCAACAUUUUACAUAAUACAUAUCAUUGUAAAAUAUUAUUAUAUCUACACUAUCUGUGGUAAAUUUAAACAUAUCUUUAUUAAUAUAAGCAAACUUUAAUAUACCAUGAUUCUUUGGUAAUUUGAUGAUGUUUAGGCAGCCGUUCUUUGUGACGGAGUCAGCCAGACCACUUCAAGACAUAUCCGGCCGAGGUACCACAAGACAAUGUUGCGUUGAGAUGUUUAAAGCUCAAAAGAAAAAUAUUUUUCUAAAAUUUUCUAUUAGCAAAAAAGGUCGUUAUCGGCAUGUCAACGCAACUGUGGCACUCGGCCCUCUGUUUUUUACUAUUUUCCCUAACAAAAUAUUAUAUUCAGACAUAUUUAAUCGCUCUCAUAUCAAUACAGUUAGAACAAUGGCUGUUGUGUAAUGAGUGUCAUAUAUUUAUCCAGAUAACUAUAGAUUGUUUCUGAAAUAUAAUAUUCUAUCUAUAAAUGUCGAAUAAAGAGCCCUAUGCUGACACUAAA